UGCCCCUCGCCUUCCGGCUGCCAUUACUCACAGCCCCGCCUUUUCCGGCGCAUCCCCGAUCAUGGCGCAGGGGCAACGCAAGUUCCAGGCGCGGAAGCCGGGGAAGAGCAAGGCGGCGGCGGCGGCGGCCUCGGAGCGGAACCGGGGCCCCAGGAAGGGUGGUCGUGUGAUCGCCCCCAAGAAGGCGCGCAUCGUGCAACAGCAAAAGCUCAAGAAGGAUCUGGAGGUCAGCAUCCGGAAGAAGAUUGAACAUGACGUUGUAAUGAAGGCCAACAGCAGCCUGCCCAAGAAGCUGGCGCUGCUGAAGGCCACUGCCAAGAAGGAGGCAGCCUCUUCUUCCUCCACCAAGACACCUUCCUAAGGGCACUGGCCCAUUGGAGGCCAUCGCCACAGCCUCCGUGCUCAGACCUCUGCAGGUGGCCCCACAGGUGGCACUGCAAGGAGAGGCCGUGCUCUCCAGAGCCUCAGGUGGCACACACCUCAGAUUUCAUUGGAGGCCAAGCCCGUGAGCAGGUGAUCAGCAGAUCUGGAAGGCACUGGUCAGCUUGUCAGGGUGCCGAGGACUCCAGAAGGGAAGGAAAUGUUUGCCUACUUCCUGCUUUCCCCUCCCCCUCCCCAGGUCUUGUCUCCACUGGUUUAACCCAGAGCAAUAAACCUGACUGUGAUUCUUC